GAGCAACCCCCGGAAGCCCUGGCUCGCAUUGUAGCCCGCCUCAGGGUGCCCACGGUCGCCUGUCGGCUUUUGAAGUGGUAUAUCUCACGAUAUUGCAUUUACAUUGCUGCCCCAGACUUUACGCCUGGACAGGGGCAAGCCUAUUCAGCCAUGGCGGCAACCGAAAUAGUAUCGGAGACGGGUACAUCUGGUCCGCUUGCGGUUCAUGCUUGGGGAAGUGCGCAAUGCCAGCGACUUUCACAGAAGGAGAAGGGGUAUUUAUACCAUGGCAGUUGUUCAACGCCCCCGGUAGGGCUAUCCCGGAUCCCGUAACCACAGCAUUUUUCUCGUCAAGCGCACACAAACUUCGUCCACCAUGGUUCUCGCACAAGUCACAACCGCCCUCCUGGCCCUCGUCGGCUCCAGCGUAGCUGCUCCCGCCUCGGAAGCCCGGGCGGUGUCGGCAGGGACCAAGUACUGCGACGCCGCCUCGACCAUCUGCUACUCGGAAUUCACGGCCUCCAACAUCGCAUUCCGCGUCGCCAUCCCGGACACGGCGACGGCGGCUCCCUUCCCCGUCCUGGUGCAGAUCGUGGCCCCCAAGGCCACCGGCUGGGCGGCGAUCGCGUGGGGCGGCCAGAUGGCCAACAACCCGCUGACCGUGGCCUGGGCCAACGGCGAUUCCGUCGUCGUCUCGAGCCGCCUCGCAACUGGCCACACCCUCCCCGGCGCCUAUGACGGCGCAAGCUACACCGUCCUCCCGAGCUCCAAGUCCAACGCGACGCACUGGCAGCUCGACGCCAUCUGCGACGGCUGCAGCAAGUGGGCGGCGGGCUCGCUCGACCCGGCCGGCACCGCCGUGCCGCUGGCAUACGGCAUGUCCAACACCGCCGUGACAGAGCCCGCCAACAACGCCAGCCGCUUCGCCAUCCACACGGCCAAGGGCAAGUUCUCGUCCGACCUCAGCUCCGCCAAGGUCGCCGACUUUGACGCCCUGGUCAAGAAGCUGCAGGGCGCGGAGUAGGAGCCGGCAGCAACAGCGGCGGACGGGGAGGUCGAGGCUGAUGAGUAGGGGGGGGCUGGUGCGAUGAGUCCUUGCUUCGCGUUGGGUUGUUGAGGUUUUCUUGUACACAUUGGAUCGCUUUGAAUAUAGAAAAGCCUUGGUCUCGACUUUAUAAUACAUCGAAACCGGUAUGGAUGGCUCUAACAAGACCGGAUUCUGGGUGAAGCCGCCUAUUGUGACUUCUGUUUUAUGACAUCAUUUCUUCAAAUGCAGGUUGAGCAAACAGCCUGCAAAUAAAUGAGUUGAAUCAAAGUUGAAUCAAAUUGCGAGUGAAUCACCCCAACU